AUGCCUGUUGCAAAUUUGGAAACUCAUGUUAUCACGGUAUUUAGCGUACUCUUUCUUUCGUUUGAGGUGGAGAAAUUGGACAUGUUCAAAGGACUGAAAUUAAAGUUGGAAGAUGAAGCGAAGAGAUUACAAGCAACAGUAUCACAAUACAGCGAAAAUAUUGCCCAACAAGUACGGUCCGGUGUGAACGAUGUUGGAAGUGAUCCAAGUGGACAGGCGCGACGACUACUCAAUAGUGGUGCGAUAGUGAUGCGAUCACUCCAUUCUCCAAAUCUUCUCGGUGAUGAAUCUGGAAAUGAUUUCGAUAAAGAACAGAUGAAUGAACAGAAUCCUAACAGUUCGGCUAUGAUGCAGGAAAUACCAGAAGAAGAUUUGCUCGGUGAAUCGCGACACCGACACAAUUCAAGUAGUUCUUUUGGAAGUGAAAGCUCAUUCAGUAAUUUGUUUUCUGCUAUACCGGGGAUGUUAAGUUCCGGUCAUCGGCUCAACACAAUAACAUCAGAUGUGGAGAGUGAAAGUAUGGCUACCUCAUCCCAGUUUCAAAGUGCUUCAAAAGAACAGAUUUCAACUGUUCUACAUAAAUUGCAAGGUCGUGCGGCAAGUUACAAGGAUAAAUAUCGAAGACUUAUACAAAUGUACAAUGAAUUGGUGCGGGAAAAUGAAAAGUAUCGGAAUACCAAAGAGGACGAAGCAAGAGAAAGUAAGGUGAAGGAAUUGCAAGAAUUGGUGGAAAAAUGUCACGCAAAUAUAAAGGAAAAGAAGGAAAGAAUUCGACAACUAACAGAAGAAAAUGAGAGACUUAAAAAAAACAUUGAAACAUCUUAUGACGAACAAGCAAUCAGCGAUUUAGCCGUCAGACGAGUUACUGCUGAAUGGAAAGCUCGUGUGGAUUAUCUGGAAGAAGAAUGGUCUAAACGCCUUUCUAAUUCCGAAGAAGCCGGUACACUUGCAAUAGCCAAGGUAAAGGCAGAAAUGCAUAGAGCUUUAGAAGAGAAAGAUGCUGAACUACAAGUAACCCGGGCCAGAUGAACAGAAGUACAAGGGCAAAUUGAUGAGUUGAAGGCAGCCGUCGAUGCAUUAGAAAACGAAAAAGCAGAUAUGGUAGAGAAGUUAUCGGAAGCAAAGCAACAAGGUGUUAAAGCAGUACGAUGCGAAGAAGAGGAAAAACGGCAAGAACUAAGAAGGGAAAUGGAAAGAAAGCGAGCUGAAGAAAGAGAGGAGGACGGACGACUUUUUCAAGAAAUGAUCAUGAAAAAUGAUGAACAAUGGGCUUUGAAAUUUAAAGAACAAGAAGAACAGAUGCAGUUGGCCAUCGAAGAACGAGAAAUGCAAAAAGUAGCAGCUGUAAUGGAACAUGAUCGAAAGAAUGAGAAUUUAGGCGUUCAAGUAGAGCAGCUCACUGCGGAAAAGUUACAUUUGAAAUCAGUUUUGGAUGAUAUGAAAGAAAGACACCGACAGCAAAUGGAAGAACUAUGUAUUUCUAUUGAAGCCAAUAAAGAAAGGCAUCAACAAGAAAUUAAUGAAAUCAAAAGUAAAGAAGAAGAAGUUCUGGCUACGCUCAAGAAAGAUUUCGAAGCGGCUGUGAAGUCAAACAAACAGUUGGCAGCCGAAUUGGAAGGACUGAAGAAUAGCAAGCAGAAAGCAGUGGAAGGAGCUGAAAAUCGAAAUGAAGAACUUAUUAGAGAAUUAGUGAUGGAGCGUCAAGCAGUAGAUAAUUUAAAGAAACAACAUACGAAUGAAAUAAAUUUAAUGCGCGUGGAGAUAUCAACACUGAAAGAGAAUUAUGAAAAAAUUUUAAAAGAAAACGAUGCAAAAGAAGAAUUGAUGCAGAAGAACGCUGAAAUAGCAGAACUAAAACAAGAACUUCUCGAGUUCAGCCAAAGGCUGUCAAAUAAGAAAAAGGAGAUGGAAGAACUUUAUGGAAAUUUGGAGCAAAAAACAUCAGCCAUUGUGAGUUUGGAAUCGGAAAAAGAGAUUCUUAAUGCCGAAUUAGCUUCUACUAGAGAGCUCUCUGAAAUCCAUCAACAUUUGCAGCAGCAAUUAAAGACAGCUCAAAUGGAGCGUGAUGAAACCGAGAAAAGGUAUUCGGAAAUGGAAGAAAGAGUUCAGAAGGCUGCACAAGAGCUAGAGGUGGAUCGACGAGUUCUUCAGCAAGAAAAACAGCAGUUAGCAAAGGAGAAGCUAAACAAACAUCAUUGGAUUGAAGCAAAGAUGAGCAAAAGUGAAGCAGAAGAGAUAACCUACAAAGUUCAACAGGAAGAAAUACAAAAAGCGAACAACGAUCUUGAUGAGAAGAUUACAUUGUUGACUGGUGAAAGUGGACAGCUGAAGAAUCAAAUGGAAAAUCAGCAGGCGCAAAUUAAGAAGUUGGAAGAAGAAAAACAAGCACUGAUUAUAGAAUUAAAACAGCUGAGGGGAAAAGUAGAAUCAGAAUCAAAAGAAAAUGAUAUCUUGAGCGAAAAGUCGAAUAUUCUAGAACGAGAUAUGGAAGAAGAUAAAUGUUUGAAAUCGUCAAUGGAUAUUCCACAGCAAAGAAUUGAAGCAGUGGAAACACAGCGAGAUCUAGUUCUUUUGGGAAACAUGGAAUUGAAACAGUUAUGUGUAUCUGAUAGUAAGGAGCUAGCAAGUUUAAAAGUUAGCAGUCUUGAGAAAGAUGAAGUACUUGAAAAGCUUCGAAACAAAUUAAAUCUAGUUGAAAAUGAAAAAUCAUCAUUGAUGGCCAAUGUAGAAGCACUGCAAAGAAAUCUACAAGAAAUUGUGGAAGAGAAGAAUAAUGUGAUGAAGGAGAUGGAAGAUAUAAGUGAUAACCGAGAUAAUUUAAAGAUGAAAAUGGAAGAAAUGGAAACGAAUGUUCGCGAAACUCUAUGCAAGAAGGAUUCAGAAGUAGAGAGGCUGAAAAAAGAAUUAAGAGAUCAGAUUGACGAGGCAAACACUCUGCGGAACGCAGUUGCUAUUGCUGAAAAUGAACUUAAAAAAAUAUCAUCAAAACUAGAUAAAAUGAUAACGAAGAAUGAAGAACUAGAAACAAUGAACGAGAGGUUAAGGAUUGAAUUUCUUCAAAAGGAGAAUAUCGUGAGUGAACUACAGAAGAAGAUAAAAGAACAAGGAGUGAAGGAGAAUGCUGAUUUAGAAUCACUGAAAAAAAGUUUGGAGGAGGAACAAAAACGACAAAUGAUUCUGGAAGAUGAGCUUGUUGAAACAAAACGAAAUUUGGAUAAAAUGAAGAUUGAACUUCAAGAGAGGAAAAGCAAUGAGGAAUUCCUUGAAACUGAACUGAACAUGAAAAGACAAGAGAAGGAAGAAGAGCAAAAGAUAAGCCCACUUCAACUCAAUGUCGGGACACCUAAAAGUUUUUUUUUUCGUGCUGGCAAUUAUGAUUCAGAUAAUCAAACGGGAAGUUGCUCUGAAAAAAAUCAGUAUGCUGUGGCACUGAAAAAUGCGAACUGCAAUUUGGAAGAAGCACAAAAGCAACUGGCUGAUUUGGAUUUUAUACGAAUCGAGAAAGAUCGCUUUGUUGCUGAACUUUCCAUAGCUAAAGAAGAGUGCCAAAAGAUCGCACAACAGCUCAAACAGGAAAAUAAACAACCAGCAGAGGAAAUAAGGAAGAAAGCGGAACAGAAAGUAUUGAAAAUGAAGAAACAGUGUGAAACGGAUGAAAAGGCUGCGAAAGCAGAACUUCUUUUGCAGAUGGAUGAAAUGCGAUCACAAAUAGCUGAAAAAGAUUUGCAAAUUGAAGAGCAGAAAUUAAAUAUCAGUUCCUUGGAGCAAAAACUUUUUGAUGGACAAAAAGAAAAAAUUAUAGAUGAUUUGCGAAAGUGCAUUGAAAUGGAAACCGAACUGAAUUCCCUGCGUAUAGAUGUAGAGGAAACAAAGAAGCAAUUAGAAUCACGAAGUCAACAAAUCAUUUCAUUACAAAGUGAAUUGAAAAAUGUGAAUGCUCAUAAUACACGUUUGCGAGGUGAUCACUCGAAAGCGGAAUCAGAUCGACAUCGACUGCUGCGUGAUUUGCAAAAAGAAAUCAAGCAGUUAUAUCAUGAUUUGAAUGAACGGACACAACAGUUAAAUGAAGCGCAAUCCAAACUGCAGGAACUAUCAGCCAAAAAAACUGAAAAUGAUGAAAUUAGAGAUAUUUAUACGGAAAAUGAUCACAAAACAGAUGGGCAAGCCGAACGUUUGAGGACUAAUUCAGAAUUCAUUGAGCGGACAGACUAUGAAGAAUUAUGUGCCUUACGCGAACAAGUGGCAGAAUAUCAGAAACAAUUGGAAAAUACUAAAGAAGCCCAUAAAAAAGAAUUAACACUGUUAUGUGCGAAGGCAUCGUGUACUGAACAGUUUAAUAUUAUUGGUUUGGAAUCAAUCACUAAUGGAUCCACCUUGAGAGAUAAAGAGGAUAUGAGUGAUGGCAGUGUUAUCUUUGCAGAACCUACUGAAGCUGAAUAUUUGAGAAAUGUAUUGUAUCGAUACAUGAAUGAGCGAGAAACACUGGGCAGGGAGAGUGUUACACUGGCCCGAGUGAUUGCAACGGUAGCGAGAUUUACACAUGAACAAGUGAAUGCAGUGGUGGCGAAAGAGGAACAACGGAAUCAUGGUUGGGUUGGAGGUACCGUACAAGGCCUUAUCUCUUCCGCUGCAAAUCUGUCCUCUCGCUAA